GAGGUCAGUGAAGGAAGUGCAGUGGAGGAAAGCAAAAGUUCACACCCAUGAAGUGAUUGAGACCUUCAGUGAAGCUCCUCCUACAACAAUCCACCAAUAAAUGCUGGAGACAAACACACAGAGAAAUCACUCCAUGUGUGACAACUGAAAUCUUCAUGACAUAAUGUUGAUGCUGGUGAAAGAGGAGCUUGAGAAGAUGACAGAUCCACAACCAUGCAGAAUACAGGAUGAAGAUACUGAGGAACAAAUAGAUAUGAUUGAAGUGAAUAAGGAGAGUCAAGGUGAAGUAGAUGAGAAACAUCAGAAUGUAAAAACAAAAUGUAAUGCUUCACAGAAAGAAACUCUUUUUAGUAAAGAUGGACGCCCUGUGGAUCACAAGAGGACUCAAAAUGCAAAGAAACCAUUCACAUGUCAACACUGUGGGAAGAGUUUCACUAAAAAAUCAAUGUUUACAAUCCACAUGAGAGUUCACACUGGAGAGAAACCAUUUAUGUGUAAACAGUGUGGGAUGAGUUUUACACAUCAAUCAGGUGUUCAGAGCCACAUGAGGAUUCACACCGGAGAGAAACCUUACAAAUGCAGUCAGUGUGACAAGAGUUUUACCCAUAAAAACGCCUUUAAAACACACAUGAGGAUUCACACUGGAGAGAAACCUUACUCGUGUCAACAGUGUGGUAAAUGUUUCGCCCAACAAUCAGGUUUUGAUGGCCACAUGAGGAUUCAUACCGGAGAGAAACCUUACAAAUGCAGUCAGUGUGACAAGAGUUUUACCCAAAAAAACGUCCUUAAAGCACACAUGAGAGUUCACACUGGAGAGAAACCUUACACGUGUCAACAGUGUGGUAAAAGUUUCACUCAACAAUCAGGUUUUGAUGGCCACAUGAGGAUUCAUACCGGAGAGAAACCUUACAAAUGCAGUCAGUGUGAAAAGAGUUUUCGCUCUGGAAGUAACCUUAAGAAACACAUGAAGAUUCACACUGGAGAGAAACCUUACAAAUGCAGUCAGUGUGACAAGAGUUUUACCCAUAAAAAUGCCCUUAAAACACACAUGAGAGUUCACACUGGAGAGAAACCUUACUCGUGUCAACAGUGUGGGAAAAGUUUCGCCCAACAAUCAGGUUUUGAUAUCCACAUGAGGAUUCACACUGGAGAGAAACCUUACAAAUGCAGUCAGUGUGAAAAGAGUUUUCACUCUGGAAGAUAUCUGAAGCAACACAUGAAGAUUCACACCGGAGAGAAACCUUUUGAAUGUCAUCAAUGUGGAAAUUUUUUCAGAUGUUAUAGUAACCUUAUUUCACACGUGAGAAUUCACACUGGAGAGAAACCAUUCAUGUGCCAUCACUGCGAGAAGAGUUUUACCACUGGUGGUAACCUUAAUGCACACAUAAGAAUUCACACUGGAGAGAAACCUUACAAAUGCAGUGAGUGUGAGAAAAGUUUUUCCUAUAAAAACGACUUAAAAAAACACAUGAGGAUUCACACUGGAGAGAAACCUUACACGUGUCAACAGUGUGGUAAAAGUUUCACACAACAAUCAGGUUUUGAUGGCCACAUGAGGAUUCACACUGGAGAGAAACCUUACACGUGUAAACAGUGUGGAAAGAGUUUUACCCAAAAAAACACCCUUACAAAACACAUGAGGAUUCACACCGGAGAGAAACCUUACACGUGUAAACAGUGUGGAAAGAGUUUCGCCCAACAAUCAAGUUUUGAUGGCCACAUGAGAAUUCACACUGGAGAGAAACCUUACAAAUGCAGUCAGUGUGAAAAGAGUUUUAGCUCUGGAAGUCACUUUAAGGAACACAUGAAGAUUCACACUGGAGAGAAACCUUACUCGUGUCAACAGUGUGGAAGGAGUUUUGCUCAACAAUCAAGUGUUGAGAGCCACAUGAGGAUUCACACUGGAGAGAAACCUUACAAAUGCAGUCAGUGUGAGAAAAGUUUUUCCUAUAAAAACGUCCUUAAAGCACACAUGAGGGUUCACACUGGAGAGAAACCUUACAUGUGUCAACACUGUGGAAAAAGUUUUGCCCAACAAUCAGGUUUUAAUGGCCACAUGAGGAUUCACACCGGAGAGAAACCUUACAAAUGCAGUCAGUGUGAAAAGAGUUUUCGCUCUGGAAGUUAUCUGAAGGAACACAUGAAGAUUCACACUGAAGAGAAACCUUUUCCAUGCCAGCAUUGUGAAAAGAGUUUUCCAGAUGCAAGACAACUUAACAGACACGUGAGAGUUCACACCGGAGAAAAACCUUUUGAAUGUCAUAAAUGUGGAAAAUUUUUCAGAUGUUAUAGUAACCUUAAAAGACACAUGAGAGUUCACACCGGAGAAAAACCUUUUGAAUGUCAUCAAUGUGGAACUUUUUUCAGAUGUUGUAGUAACCUUAUUUCACACAUGAGAAUUCACACUGGAGAGAAACCGUUCAUGUGUCAACAGUGUGGAAAGAGUUUUACUGGAAAAAUAAGCCUUGACAGCCACAUGAGGAUUCACACUGGAGAGAGACCAUUCCCAUGUCAUCAUUGUGAAAAGAGUUUUUCGUGUAAGAGUCAUCUUACGAGACAUGUGAGAAUUCACACUGGAGAGAAACCGUACAAGUGCCAUCACUGCGAGAAGAAUUUUACAACCAGUAGUAACCUUAAUGCACACACAAAAACUCACACCGGAGAAAAACCAUUCAUGUGUGAACAGUGUGAAAAGAUGUUUUCACAAAUAAGCAAACUUAAAAGACACAUGAGAGUUCACACUGGAGAGAAACGCAUUCCUGUGCCAACCUGAUCUCACAA